AUGAUUCCUUUAAAUGAAGAAACCUGGAAACAAUAUGAUGUAAUGUUAAUCAAUUAUAAACAUUUUUUUUUGCAUCAAUUAACUGUACCAUUUGGGCUAUAUUUAACUUCCGAGGAUUUCUAUGAAAGAAUAGAAAAUGUACAAAAUUUAAGUGAGUUUUCUGCACGAUGUGAACACUUACGAACUAUGAAAAAUGGUAUGAAUGUUAGGAAUGCUUGUGUAAAGCUAUUAAAAUAUUUAAAAUAUAAUGCAGAAAGUUUAAAUAAACGUGAUGCCUAUGAUGUAUGCGAACUUUUAAAUUAUUGGUUAAUCGCUAGAUUAAGUGCCAAUGUAGGUUACAAUGAUAAGGAACAAACAAUAGAUGCUUUUGCAGCAAUUGCAAACAUAUGGAAUGAAUUUACUUCAGAUGUAUUAAAGAAGCCUUAUCAUGAAUCAUGUAAUCCUCUUAUGAGUAUUAUUGGUCUUCGUGACUGGAGACAGAGGAAAGAUGUGUAUGAAUACUAUGUUAAUUAUGAGUACCUUAAAGGUAUGUCUAGAAUACAAAAAAGUCAUAAGGGUUACUGUACAUACAUUAGAAACAAAGUUUCAUUAUAUAGUUAUUUUGAUCAUACUUGUAAAUCAGAUGAAACACAAUUUUGUACAGUAUUUCAAACUAAAUAUAAAGAUUGUGACCCACAUAAUCUUUUACUUGACUUUCAAUGUGAGGAAGAAAUGAAUAUGCGAAUGUUAGAAGCAUCACCAGACUUACAAUUACACGAAGAUACGUAUUUACAAGGCAAAAUAUCUGAAAUUAAAAUUCAACCUUCAGGGUUGACCAUUGAAGGAACACAAACUGUUAAAGUUUUACAGUCAACAUCUAAUAGUUUAAUCCCUUUGAAAAAAGCAGGGGGGGUACUUAUGGGAAUCGUUGCUAUAUCUAUGAUUUAUGGGUUUUUACAUAAAUUUAAACCCUUAGGAUUUUGGAUCAAUAAAAGAUUUGCUAAUAAAAAUUAUUCUAGAAUCAAUGUAAUUUCUGAGUUUAAUGAUGCAUUUGAUUAUGCACAAGAAUCACAUAAUCCGUAUUACAUCUUUAAGGAUGAACAUUAUAUAGGAUAUCACACGGAUUAA